AUGGAAUCCGCGAAAAAAGGUUGUCUCAAAGGCUUACAGCAGACCAAAGGACAGGAUCCAAGCGCAAAAAGUGGCCGAGCCACUCCAGAGGUUGGUGCUAUCAUCUUCGACACUAAGGGUUUUAAUAAUAUCUUGAACCACAAUACCUGUCCAAAGUUUGAAAAGAUGAAGAAACCUAUUCAACGAGACUCUGCCAACGCAUACUCGAAGACAUUUGUGCCAUCAAUCCAAAAUCGACUCAAAAGCACGUUUCCUGUUGUGGGCUUCUCUGACGACGACAUUAUCGAAUUGAUGGAGCUUUGCGCUUUCGACGCCGUCGCUGCAACUCCAGAUGCAAGAGAGAAACCCCCAAUUUGCGAUAUUUUCGCCGAGCUUAACUGGAUUAAGUUCGACUACGCCCAAUCGUUGAGCAAAAACCCGGUCUCUGACCAAAAACCAGUAAAUCACACCUUCGACAAGCCGGGUGCCUCUACUUUCCCGGUAGCCCGAGCCAUAUAUCCGGAUUUCACACAUGACAAUGGCAUGAUUCCUGUAUUUUCUGCCAUGGGUCUUUACCAUGAUGAGCUGUCUAAGUCAGAAGCACAGGCUACCGUAGAUGUGGGUGGGCUUUCUACCUCUUGGGUAGUGCCUUUUGCCGCACGCGCGUAUAUCGAGAAGAUGGUUUGCCGUGAUGAUGAGUUCAUUCGUGUAAUUGUGAGUAAGCGCGUCGUCCCGUUUCAAGGGUGUGCUGUUGACGGCCUUGGAUGGUGUACAGUUCAAGACUUUACGUCGGAGUGGAAAUUGGAAAGACUGUUAUACAUAGCGUCUUGA